AGGAAGAGUGUAAUGAUCAAAGGAGGAAGGUGUUUGAUUGAAGAAUCGUAACGUGUGAAGAGAGACAGGAAACCAUCGGCGCCUCAGCAUGAAGGUCCAUCACAGUUUGUUCUGCCUGAUCUUCUUCUCCUUGCAGGUCAGAAGCACCAGAUCUGUUGGAACACAUUAUGGAGUUUCUGGAGGAAACAUAACUUUUCCAUGCAGCUUUCUCUCAUCUGGAAAAAUAAAGUUAUUCUGCAGGGAAACCUGUGAAGGAGGAAACAUCCUGAUCAGAACGAGUGAUGACGCAGCUCAGAUCGGACGAUACAGAACUGAAUAUGAAAGGGAAGCUUCCAGAACUUUCCCGGUUCUGCAAGUGAGCAUCUUAGAGCUGACCCGGUCCGACGCCGGUCGGUACCAAUGUGGUUUGGAAGAUUCUCCAUCAUCAGAUUCAUUCCUGGACUUCAGACUCGUCGUCGUAGACGCUCUGCUGGAUGGAAACAAAGUUCCUGACCUCCACAGAGACGCUGGCAGCUCUCUGACAGUUGCCUGUUUCUUUGAAGACUCUGGAUGGAAACGACUGUUCUGCAGAGGAGGAUGUGGAUCAGAUGAAGUUCUUGUUCAGACUGAUGCAGUCAGAGCUGACAGAGGCAGGUACGGCAUUGAAUAUGAAAAAAGACGAAAUUCAGCCGUUCUGUUGGUGACCAUCACACAGCUGACCCAGUCUGACUCCGGUCGGUACCGAUGCAAACUGGACAGAGCGAUUCGAUCAGAUCUAGACAGAGACUUCAGCAUCACCGUCACUGAUGUACCUGAUCCAUCAACCUUCACACCAACAGCCACGCAGAGUUUCAGCUCCACUUCAGAAAGUUUCUCUCCUGCAGUUUCCUCAGAAACCAGCAGUCUCUGUCAGGGGAUGCAGAGAGCAGCCGACUCUCAGUCCAACAGCAACGUUCUGCUGAUGGUCCUGAGUCCGCCCUUCAUCAUCGUCAUCAUAGCUCUGGGUCUGCUGCUGUACUGGAGAAAAACGACAACAACUGCUGAAGCUCAGACAGCUCCUGCUGAGCAACCGGAGGAAACUCCUGAGGCGGCCAUGUUUUACGAGAACGCCGGCGAGGAGGACGGCCUGUGGCGCUGUGUCGAUGUGGAGCUUUACGAGGUUUACCAUGAAAUCGCUCUGAAAGCAGCAGCUGAAGGCGGCGGCUCUGAGCCUGAAGCUCAAUAUGAGUAA